UGUUAAGUCAAUUUCUGAUGUUUGUAAAGUAAAUCUAAAUUUAUGGUAGUAUGCCAGGCCACCGCAAAACCGCCUCCAGGCUGCGAUCAAGGUCGAAUUCCUUUCGAUCAUAUCCAUUGAGAAAAAAUCCCAAAUCCAACUCUUCAUUGGGCAAGUACCGUGUAAAGGACCACCAUGACCAAUAUAACGAGAAAACGAAAUCCAUUGAUAACUGCAAAUUUAAAACGCGCAGAAAAAGAAAAUAUGUCCUCACAAGAUCAAGUGAAUUAAAUAUCUGUCACAAAAAUAGCAAAAAUUCAAUGGAAGAAAGUAUAGAGUCAAUACCGAGAGAACGAAGCCGAUCAAAAACAGUCGUCAGAAAAAUGUACAUCAAAACACCAUCGAGACUCAAAAUAGCCACAAAACGCUCCAGGGGUGAAAGUUUAUCAAGAUCACGGUCCCAAGCAACAGUAAAUAUACCUAAAAAAAGACUACCAAAAUUACAUAGAUCAAGUAGAAAUAUGUCUCAAGUGGAGGCAACAAAAUUAACAGCCAGUAGUACCAACUUGAUGGCCAAAAUAGAAAAAGUAUCGAAAACAGUAAAUUAUAAAAGUAGUACAAACAGGAAAUCUAUGUGCAAAUGUAACAGCCCUGUAUCAUCAAACGAAAUGUUAUUUUCCGUCAACAGAAUAUCAUCGGACUUGGGAUUGAAGAAAAACUUUUGUAGGCGUUGUCGUACUGAUAUUUUCGUUCAAAAUUCCGCUGCAUCCUUGGAAGAGGUACCCUUCAAAACAGUUAAACCAGAAGUAAAUAGUGUGUACACAUUAAACUCAACACAAACAAAUUCGAUCAGCAAUUUGGAGAAAUUCGGUAAAUCGCAGUCGCAACUUUGUAUGCCGUCCAGAAAUGUUUCCUUAGCUGUCAGUGAGGAUGUUAAGCCUGUAUUGAAACUCGAAAAUAUACAGACAACAAAAAAGAAGAAAGCAUCCGAUAUGAUUAUAGCUGAUUUAAAAAACGUCAAAGUUGAAAUAAAGCAAGAAAAUGUGCAAUUAAAGAGAAAGACAACUAGGAAGCAUUUACACAGCAAUCCCUUCAUAAACUUUCUAAGGCAGCUUAAGAAAAACCACCGGGACUGGCAUACCUGCAAAGUCGCAAUUGAAGGUUCUAGAAAAUGGUGCGCUAUGACCGAUAAAGAUAGAUUCCGUUCUGCACAGCCUCAAAAAAAAAUUAAUAAAAAUGCGGCAAUUAACACUGUUAAGCCUAGUAGAAGAAAGAGUGUGAAUAGAAGGGCGAAGUCUUCGGGAAGGCAAAGAAAAGUGAAAUAAAAAUUUGUUUUUAAAACGUUUAAAUUAUACUUUAUUUUAAUGCAUGCAAUAAACAUUAAAUGUAUAUAUAGGGGUUCCAGUGCCAAGAUCCACUUAGCCCCGGUUGACGGAAUUUAACAUUUUGCCUGGCAUUUUAGGUUAUGUUUGUUUAGUUCCAAAAAGAAUUGACUUUUUCUUAACAACUGAUUAAAAUUACAAUAAAAAUA